AUGGGCCCCAUAGUCAGCAUCCACGGCGACCACAACAGAGUCUCAUUCCAAAGAAUACGCGGAGGCUCAAUCGACAUCUCAGGCGAUGUGCAGCUGUACCGGACUCUGAGCCGUGCAAACCCAUCAGGGAAUAUGUUGGUGUCUCCGCUGAGCAUCAGUUCAGCUCUGGCUAUGGUCUACCUGGGAGCCAGAGGAGACACAGCUGCUCAAAUGGAAAAGGUACAUCACACCAUGUCUCUGUUACCUGUCAUUCAGAGAGUCAGAGCUGUGGGACCAGCCCUGUCAUUCCAACCUGGUGAAGACUUCCACGCCAACUUCAAGAAGCUGAUCGAAAACAUCAACUCACCAUCGGCUUCAUACAUUCUGAAAACAGCCAAUCGUCUGUAUGGGGAGAAAACUGAAAAGUUCCUAUCUCGGUUCCUGGAAGACACGCGUAAGUACUACAAGGCCGAUCUGAAGACUGUGGAUUUCAUCGGAGCCGCAGAGGCGAGCAGAGUGGAGAUCAACACCUGGGUCCAGAAGCAGACAGAAAAUAAAAUAAAAGAUCUCCUGAAGCCGGGGACAGUCUCUAGAGAGACAAAGCUGGUUCUGGUCAAUGCCAUCUACUUUAAGGGAAACUGGAUGAACCGCUUUGAUAAAGCACAGACUAAAGAGAUGCCCUUUAAAGUCAGCCAGAAUGAGAGCAAACCAGUCCAGAUGAUGUUCCAGAAGAAGAAGCUGCCCUACCAAUCCAUCGGUGAUCUGCAGAUCCUGGAGCUGCCGUAUGAGAAGGAGGAGCUCAGCAUGUUGAUCCUGUUGCCUAAACAGUCCACAGACGGCUCUGACCCUCUGCUGAAGCUGGAGAAGGAGCUGACAGUGGAGAGGCUGAAUGAAUGGACCGACAGGAAAAACAUGGACGUCCAGUCAGAGAUCAUGGUUCAACUGCCAAAGUUCAAGCUGGAGGAGAACUACGAGCUGAACGACCCUCUGUCCAAGCUGGGCAUGACGGACGUGUUCUGCGCGUCAAAGGCCGACCUGUCUGGCAUGAACGGCAGAAGAGAUCUCUACGUGUCUGCGGUGGUACACAAGGCCUUCGUGGAGGUGAACGAGGAUGGCACGGAGGCGGCUGCGGCCACAGCAGUUGUCAUGGUAGGUAGCUGUGGGCCGAACGAGCGCAAGGAUCUGUUGUUCAAAGCAGACCACCCCUUCCUCUUCUUCAUCAGGCACAAUAAAACCAAGUCCAUCCUCUUCCUCGGCAGGUUCUCAUCUCCUCAGUAGACAGAACCAGGAGAGAAAGAUAUUCAAAUAAAGGCUUAAUCCUUUAAAUGUGGAGGCUUUAUUUUCUGGGAUUAAUGCUAAUUAGCUUGGUUUUUUCUUCUGUUUUUGCACUGAAAUUAUAUAGGAAGACAUUAAUUAAUGAAGAGGGCUUAAUCCUUUAAAUGUGGGCUUUAUUUUUGGGGGGAUUUAUGCUAAUUAGCUUGUUUUUUUCUUCUGUUUUUGCACAGAAAUUAUAGAGGAAGAUAUUAAUUAAUGAAAAGGGCUUAAUCCUUUAAAUGUGGGCUUUAUGUUCUGGGAUUUAUGCUAAUUAGCUUGGUUUUUUCUUCUGUUUUUGCACUGAAUUAUAGAUGAAGAAAUUCAUUAAUAAAGAAUAUUUUUGAUCCAACAA